GGAUUCCUCGUUGCCAUGGCAACUGGAUGCCAUACUGCACAGCCAGGCAGGAUGCUCUGUUCUCCAUGCUUCUGGCCAGACAUUGGAGCACCUGGGCUGCUGGGGACCAUGGGGAUCCUGACCUUGGUCCUUUGGAGCUGCUCAGGACAGCCAGCAUUCCUGUCUGAGGACCCACCUGCCCGCUCUACCUGGGAGUACCAUGGGGGUGACGUCUUCAUCCACAUGGACAGCAGCCUAUAUUCAUUGCCCUGCAGCACGAUUGAGCUGGAGGUGGCCAAUCCCACCUACCAGUGGGUGCGGGACAGUCCAGACCCCAAGCUGCUCUCAGUCACUGAAGAAGGACAUCUCCUGUUCCAGAACUUCCAAGCAGCUGACAGUGGGAACUACUCCUGCACCAUGUCCUACACAGAGCAUGGGCUCCCUGUGUUCCAAACUUUCCACUACAGAGUGUUUGGCUACCAUGUGCUUGGAGGCCUGGAGGUUUUGCUGAUCUUCCAUAGCAAGCUCUGUGAAAACGAGUGGACCAAGAUGUUCCUGUGGGAUUUACAGGAGAGGCUGAAGCAGCUGGAGGUUGAGCAGCAUUGCAAAAUCCAUCCCGAGACCACCGCCUGCUUCCCCUCAGCCGACAAUUCUUCGAAUGAGUUUGUUGUCCAAGUACAUCUAGAAGUAUCCUUCUUCGGGCCCAAUUGGGAUGAACAAUGCAAACCCCAAGGUGUGGAGGUGGACACAUACUGCUACCGCAAAACAGUCCAGCAGAGCCUCGAAAAGGUCCAGCCUGCCAUUAGCAAAUUCUUCACGGAGCACAUAACCUUCCACAUCACUGGGCCUGAUAUCUCCAGAAUUGUCUUCACCACUGCGUUUGUUGGCUUCCUGGAGAUCAAGAAGUGCAGCAAGGGCUACGGGCAGACCAAGCAACUGCGAAGAUGUCUCGAGUGUUGCAUUGUAUGCCCACCAGGGACAUUCAGCCCUCCUACAAAUAGGCAGUGCUCACCAUGCCCCAUGGGAACCUACAGUAUGAGCUACGGGAGGGCAUUUUGCACUCACUGCAAGGAUGGCAUGAUCACCCGGGGACUGGGUGCCAGAUCCACGACAGACUGCAUGAAGGAGGAAAGGACCAAGCAGGUUGACACCAUCAUUCGCAAGAUCCCGCUUCUGAUCCUCAUCAUCUUGCCACUAGUAAUAGGCACCAACAUGCUCUUCAUCUUUGCCUCUUGCUACUGGUACCGAGAGUACCAGCUGUCAUCACCAGUGACUUCCAAGAUGGCAGAAAUCACCAAGUCAGUGAAGACAAUGACCAAGUUCUGUGGGAUCUUCAGGCAGAGCCCUCAGGCUAGCCCUUCUGCUGCAGCUCUCAGCAUCACCAGCGAAACUGACACAUCUCAGGAGGGUGAAGAGGAGUCCUUGCAUGGAGAACUCACCCCUCCCAAGACCCCAAGCCUUGCUGCUGUGAGUGAUGACACACCUGCUGUGCUGGAACUGGAGGACAAAACUUCAGUUUUUGAGAUUCCCUCCACAAAUGCAGGCCAACAUCAUUGAGGGAGAACAUCCUUACAGCUUUCUGCGUAUGCCUCCACCCAGUCCACACAGGCUAACAUAUCCAGCAAUGAAGAAGAGGGACACAUUUCUCCUCAUUUAAUUUGUCUUUGCAAAUUGUUCUGAUUACAACUA